AUGCCCACCCAGGACGAUCUGCGCGCCCAGUUCAAGAGCAAGAACCGCAACACCCUCUACUACACCCUGUCAAUCAUCCUCGGCACCGUUGCUCUGUCUUAUGGCUCCGUGCCUUUCUACAAGAUGAUUUGCCAGCAGAUGGGCUGGGGUGGCCAACCCAUCAGUAUCCAUUCGGCAGGCCAGUACGAGGAGGAAGACAUUGCUUCGCGUCUGAUCCCUGUCACCGAUUCUCGUCGUCUGCGCAUCACCUUUGCCGGUUCUACCUCCGAUGUCCUACCUUGGAAGUUCACGCCCCAGCAGAGAGAGGUCCGCGUCUUGCCCGGCGAGACUGCUCUGGCCUUUUACACGGCCACCAAUUUGAGCAAGGAAGAGGACAUCAUUGGUGUAGCUACCUACUCUGUCACGCCCGGUCAGGUCGCGCCUUACUUUUCAAAGAUUCAAUGUUUCUGUUUCGAGGAGCAAAGAUUGAACAAGGGUGAGACGGUCGACAUGCCCGUUUUCUUCUACAUUGAUCCAGAGUUCUUGAGGGAUCCCAACAUGUCCAAAAUCGAUACCAUCACUCUCAACUACACCUUUUUCAAGGCAAAGUACGACAAGGACGGCCAUCUGUCUCCCGUCGCUUGA